GGACUUGUAUUUUGAAAAAUAAUACUAUUGGCCAGUAGUUGGAGUCCUGUAGCCGUUUUCACACUGCUUUUUAAACUCUUUCGGCAUGGCUGCGGACAGCACCAUGUCUAACGGUCAGGAAACGGCCUCCCUGAACGGCGAGCCCGCGCUCAAGAUUUCCCGGGAUAGCGGAGGGGUGGAAUCUCUGCGGAUUCCGCGGGAGCCACAGAAUAAAGUUACGGUAGUGCUGGGCGCUCAGUGGGGAGAUGAGGGGAAGGGGAAAGUGGUCGACAUCUUGGCGAUGGACGCCGACAUUGUUUGCCGAUGCCAGGGAGGAAAUAACGCGGGGCACACAGUGGUGGUCGACUUGGUGGAAUAUGAUUUUCACUUGCUGCCGAGUGGCGUUCUCAACAAAAAGGCCGUCUCUUUCAUUGGAAAUGGUGUUGUGAUACACCUGCCAGGGCUAUUUGAGGAGGCUGAGAAGAACUUGCAGAAAGGCAAUGGGCUUCAAGGAUGGGAAGAACGACUGAAGAUAUCUGACCGGGCACAUAUUGUUUUUAACUUCCAUCAGGCAGUUGAUGGGAUGCAGGAGCAGCUCCGACAGGAGCAGGCAGGGAAGAAUUUGGGCACCACUAAGAAGGGCAUUGGCCCUGCAUAUUCCUCCAAAGCUGCACGGAAUGGAUUGAGAGUGUGUGAUCUGGUCUCUGACUUCUCAAUCUUUGAGGAAAAGUUUCGGGUGCUGGCUGGUCAUUUUCAGACGACAUACCCCAAACUUAACAUCGAUGUUGAUGCUGAACUUGAGCAGCUGAAGGGUUAUGCUGAAAGGUUACGUCCGCUAGUAACUGAUGGAGUUUAUUUCAUGCACAAAGCCCUCACUGGGCCAAGCAAAAAGAUUCUGGUGGAAGGAGCCAAUGCUGCAUUACUGGAUAUUGAUUUUGGGACCUACCCCUUUGUGACUUCGUCAAAUUGCACCGCUGGAGGUGUGUGCACAGGCCUUGGUGUGCCCCCAUCUCAUGUUGGACGAGUGUAUGGAGUGGUGAAGGCCUACACCACCAGGGUCGGAGUGGGAGCAUUCCCCACUGAGCAAGAUAAUGAUGUCGGGAAUCUGCUGCAGAGCAGAGGGAGGGAAUUUGGUGUCACGACAGGCAGGCGUCGUCGCUGUGGAUGGCUGGACCUGGUUUUGGUUCGCUACGCCCACAUGGUUAAUGGGUUCACAGCCAUUGCUCUGACCAAAUUGGACAUUCUUGACACAUUGCCAGAAAUAAAGGUUGGCGUUGCCUACACUGUUGAUGGAAAGCCUCUUCCCAGUUUUCCUGCUAACAUGGAUGUGUUGACCAAGGUUCAAGUGACCUAUGAGACAUUACCUGGCUGGGGUUGUAGCACUGAGGGAGCGCGCAGUUUUGAUGACCUGCCGACUCAGGCACAGGCUUAUAUUUGCUUUAUUGAGAAUUUCCUACAGUUACCAGUGAAGUGGGUGGGAAUUGGCAAGUCAAGAGAAAGCAUGAUAAAGCUGUUCUGAUGAGAAGAAUGAGAACUUCAUUUGAUGGUCUCCCAGGAUAUAUGACAUCAUGACAAUUAGGGGACCAGAACUUUUUUUAUAUAUGCAUCAACGCUGAGUUUAAGACUGACCGUGGGUUUAGAAUCCACAAUGUCUCACUCAAAGUGAACACCAGCAAUGUGUCUAGAGGUCAGUUUUGGAUAAACCUGACCCUGCUUCCCUGCAAUCAUAAAUUCUGGACUCUUACAUGUUUUCAAAGCACUGCUCAGAACAUACCUAUUAAUCAGUAGUAGUAGGCUCAAGCAUUUGGCAAAAAUGUAAUGAAUAGUCAAGCUUCAGAGAGAAGGAUGUCAUGUUUUUAUAUUAGCUCUAAAAAUGAAAUUUUGCACCUUUUGCCUUCUAAACAAAAUAAUAGAUUCAUUGCAAUUAGGUGGUUGAAACCAAAGCGAUUUUUAAGGUGUUAUAUAGUGCAUUGUUAAUUUUUUACGUAACUAAGUGUUGACUGAGGAGUAAGCAAAGCUCUUGUUUUGUCUUUUUAAUUUGAUGUUUGAUUACUUUUGAGAAUGGUUUGACGUGGUUUAAACAACAAAAGGGAACUUCACACAAGACUGACAAUGAAAGGGGGAAAAAAAGCAUUGUUAACCUUCUGUCAGUGACUUAAAACAGUUCUUAAAACAAAAAAAAAAUAUUUAAGGACACCGAUAUAUUGACAAAUAUACAUUACAUUAAUUUUACCUAGUGUACAAAUUAAUUUCCUGCUGUUUUUUUUUUUAAAACAAUAUUCUUCAAAGCUUUGCUACUGAUUAUGGCUUUAAGUGAAUGGUGAAGUGUUUUCCUUAACAUGAAAAGUGAUACGAGAUGUAUACUGAAUCUGUAUAAAUCUGUAGCGCUUUACAGUAAUGUUCAAUUUGACAGCAUUUGUUAACAUGAACUUACAAUGAACAAUACUUUUGUAGAAUUUAUUAAUCCUGGUUUAAGUUAAUUUCAAUGUGAAUUUGAAUGCAUUUUUAAAAUCAAAAGUAGAUGUUAAUGUUAGUUCAAUCACUAUGAACUAUCAAUGAACGGAGUGGUGGUGUAGUGGUCUAAGCACAUAACUUGUAAUUUGAUAAUCAGAAGGACGCUGGUUCGAGCCCCACAGCCACCACCAUUGCGUCCUUGAGCAAGGCACUUAACUCCAGGUUGCUCCAGGGGGAUUGUCCCUGUAAUAAGUGCUCUGUAAGUCGCUUUGGAUAAAAGCGUCUGCCAAAUGCAUAAAUGUAAAAUGCAAUGAACAAUUUAAUUUUUAUGAACAUUGACAGAAGUUAAAUACUUUAAAAAAACAUUGUUCAUUGUUAGUUCAUGAUACCUAAUGGAUUAAUGUCAAUAUUGAACCUUGUAAAGUGAUACCAUAAAUGUAAAUGUUCACAGGGUUGCAAUUGUUUUUAAUUUCAAGUUUCAUGUAAUUCUUUUUAAAUACUUUGCUAUAA